AUGCGAGCCAUAUUGCUUCUAUUAAACUCCAUUUUUGCUCUUGUUGCUUUUGUCCUGAUUGGUUUAGGCAUUUAUAUAAAAGUUGAUAAUAAAUUCUCUGUAGUACUGGACAAACUUAGUGACAUAAGUAAUUUCGAAGGACAAAGUUUGGGCUUUCUAGCAUUCGUUCUUAUUGGUGGUGGUGUCAUCACGCUAUUGAUUUGUUUAUCUGGCUGUUUAGGAUCAUUGUGGUAUAAUAGAUGUUUAUUAUACAUGUAUGCCAUCAUUCUUGGUAUUGUGAUGGUUAUUGAACUGACUGGUUUUAUAUUAGCAUUUGCAUACAAGAGCAAACUUGAAUCUGUGUACCGAAACAGUUUAAAAACAGUCUUUACCAACGCUGUACAAAAGAAUCAAACACAAGUAAUGAAUGCUUUCCAUGACUUAGAGUCUGCAUUGGAAUGUUGCGGUGUAAACGGUAUAAUUGAUUAUACAAGCGCUGGACAAGAUGCACCUAGCUGGUGUUAUCUACAUCAAGAAGGCUGUUCCAAUGUUAUUAUUGAUUCUCUUAGAAAAAAUUUACCAAUUAUCGGUGGCACUUUGGGUAGUGUUUUAUUGUUGGAACUCUUAGGUUUCAUUGGUGCCAUUUUAUUAGCUGUGGCGCUUAAAAUCUUACCAGACGUUAAAAGUUCAUCAGAUUCUAGAGAAGUAAUUACUGAUGCUGUAUUAAAUCGACGUCGUAAUUACCACAGUUUCGCAUAA